GCAGUGACAGGAAGCGACUGUCGCCGCUCGUUUUUUUCAAGUCGCGGUGUUGCAUGUUUGAUUUGAGCAGCUGCCAAUGUUUUAAUCUUAUCUUAGAAAAAUAAAACUGUUUCGGUUUCUUUAAUUAUUUAACUUAUGCAUAUAGCUUAAUUUAGUUGGCGAGUUUGAAAGUUAUUAUAAAAGAUACAUUUGUCGAAAGAAGGAAUUUAAAUAUUCAGAGCUGGAGAUGACUUCUGGUGGUUUGGGGCUCACCGGGGGUUUGGGUCAAGACAUAAGCCAGGAGGAGCUGGACUUUUCCGACCUGUUUCUGUAUAAUCCACCAGGAGAAGAUUUUCCUGUCGGCUGUGAUAAAGAUGCCUCAGGUGCUCUCCUUCAGAACGGCAACCAGCCUCCUCUGCUGGUGGUCGACCAUCAGACUGCGUACAUCUCCAGCUCCAACCAGCCACACUCCAGUCAGGACCCGUCCUCUCACAGCCCAACCACAGAACACCUGUCAGGGGCAGCGUUUGACUCCCUGGGGCUGGCAUCAAGACCAGGGAACAUCCCUGCUUCCAGCCCCAGGAUUGAGAUCACUCCGUCUGGUGACUCUCUCAGCUCUCAGACCCUGGAGCCAAGCCCUCGCACCAAAGCUCUGGGAGCCUACAGGGAGUGUGUGAGCCCUGCCAGCAGUAACUCCUCCACAGGCUGGCCUGUAGAGGCAUACUCUCCCUUGGCUUCACCGUGCGUCUCCCCUUCUAAUGGCGCCAGCUGUGGCAUGGGGUUGUCCGGCUUAGACCUCUCCUCGGGCCUCCAGGGCAUCCACACUUCUUCUGCCCACUCCUCUCCAGGAGCCUCACCUCACAACAGCGUCACGGACGAGACCUUUCUCCUGCCCCAGCACCAACGCACCACCUCAUCGCUUCCCCACCAGCGCUCCCGCUCUGCUUCGCCACAUGGAAAGCGCUGCUAUGACCAGGCCCACUCCUGUCAGGGAGGCACUCCCAUCAAGCAGCGCUCCCGGAGCCCCAGCCCCAUCCCCUCGCCCCAUGAGCAGCAGGGGUCCUACUACCUCCCCCAAUACCAGACCCAAGUUGAGUUCCAACCCCAAGCUCAGACCUCCUCCCCGGGCCUGGAGGAGAUGCUGAGCAGCCUCAGCUCCAGUCUGCCUUCUGCAGUGGUGCGAGAUGCACAUGGGCAGGCCCAGAGACAGGACUGUGUGUAUAGAGAGGGGUAUGACUGGGCCACUGAGCAGGAGAGGAUGGGCAGGGCAGGAGCAGAAGUCAAGUCUGAAACCUUCUACAUGCUCCCAGCUGUGUGGUCUCCUCCUCAUCCAGUCCACCACGCAGCAUUUGGUGGUCUCUCCGUGGCUCCGCUUCCGUCUUUAGAGUGGCCGUUGCCCAGCAAGUCCGGUCAGUACGAGCUUCUUAUCCAGCAACAGCCCAGAUCUCACCACAGAGCUCACUAUGAGACCGAGGGCAGCCGCGGAGCUGUAAAGACAUCUAACGGAGGGCAUCCAGAAGUUCAGCUCUGCGGGUACCAAGGCACAGCUCCACUGGGGCUGCAGAUCUUCAUAGGAACAGCAGACGAGAGGCUCCUGAAACCCCACGCCUUCUACCAGGUCCACCGCAUCACCGGGAAGACCGUCACCACACCCAGCAUGGAGAGGAUGAUCAAUGGGACCAAAGUGUUGGAGAUCCCUCUGGAGCCAAAGAACCACAUGAGAGUGGUGAUUGACUGUGUAGGAAUCCUGAAGUUGAGAAAUGCCGACAUCGAACUGAGGAACGGUGAGACGGACAUUGGACGAAAAAACACACGUGUGCGUUUGGUGUUUCGUGUCCACAUUCCUCAGCCUGGAGGCCAGCUCCUGUCUCUUCAAGUUGCCUCCGAUGCCAUUGAAUGCUCCCAGCGCUCUGCUCAGGAGCUCCCUGCAGUCGAGAGGCAGGACCUGGACCAAUGCUCAGUACUUGGUGGUCAACAAAUGGUCCUUACUGGACAGAAUUUCACAUCUGACUCCAAAGUGAUAUUCUCAGAGAAGACACAAGAUGGGCAGCAAAUCUGGGAGGUGGAGGCCACUGUGGACAGAGACAAAACACAAACUAACAUGCUGUUUGUUGAAGUCCCUCCAUAUCGAGAGCGGACCAUUCCCCACCCAGCCAAAGUCAACUUCUACGUCAUCAACGGGAAGAAGAAACGCAGUCAGCCUCAGCACUUCAUCUACACUCCUGUGACAGCCAUUAAAGCAGAACCACUGGAUGACUACCAGUUGAAUUCAUACGGCUACUCAGACAAUCAGUCUCUGACUGGCCUGUCAAUGAAGUCACUCUACCAUCACCUGGAGCAGGACAGCAACCUUCAAGCCUUGAAUGUUUCUCCAACACUGUACCAUCUAACCACUGUAGACCCCAGAGCCCACGUGAUAAUCCCUGAUCUACUCGAUGACCAACCAGUCUAUUACCAGUCCAGAGCCGGCACUCUGAUCAACAGCCCCGCGCUGUACCACGCUGCAAACCAGCGUUACAGCAACUGUGGUAGUGUCCUCCUCGGUGGUUCCCUAAUGGCUUCCCACCCUGCCUCCACUCCCAGCCAGUGUGUCAGUGCCAGAACCCCUGUGGCCAAACUGGACGGAGGUCCUCAGGUUGGUGAUUCAUUCGAGGCCUGUUUGAUGUCAAGACAUCAGAGUUUUGUGCAGACAGCACUGCCACUGGGAAAGUCACUACCUUCAAGAUACGUCCAAGGUCAAGCUCAAGGGAAGGCUGGAAGCCGAGUGGAGCCAGGCGGCCAGCCUCUGAUCCAGAUUGGCUCUGGUAGAGGAAACCAUGAGGAACAAGCUCCAGAGAGGGUCACCGUCAAACAAGAGAACCUCCGCUAUGCUUACCUGGAGGAUGUGAAUGACAUCAUAAGAAGAGACCUGAAAGGCCACAAUGGAGAGUGAUCCUGGAGGCCUGCAACAGCCCUGAAGUUUAAAAGCAGUACACAUAAUAUGUCGACUUCAGGAACUAUAAAUAUAAAAACUUGAUUGUCUUGGACGAAACUUGUACUUGUAAGACUUGCAAUAAAAAAAUAUGAACCAGAGUGUUGGCAGACAUUUCAGGCAAACAAUAGAAACGGAUCCACUAUAGGCUUAUGUUGACUUUAUGUCAGGAUUACAUCGUGUUUCUGUGGACCUAGGAAGGGUGGUGGUUCACUGGGCAAUUUUACACACAAAAAAAAACUCAGCUCUUUGUUAGCCUUCAAUAUUGCCAUACAGUUUAGCCUUAGCAAAGAUAGUAGAACAUGUGUCAUAUCUUAUACUGUGUAUCAAUUGUGUUUUGUAUUUUAACCUGUUUGACUUCUCUAUGUUCACGUAUUUGUACAAUUGCUCGUUGUAAGCAUGUAUAAAAUAUUUUAUAUUAAAAGAAUUCUGUUUAUAUGAA